CUGGAGUUGAGACCUCUUACAAAACCUACUCUCCCAUUUCACUUUCCGACAAUAAGAUCAAACAAGCUCCCACUACUAUAGCUUCUUCACCUUCUCUUCUGUUUGUACUGGGUUGGUCAAAAAAUCAAAACUUUACAACAACAAAAAUGGCACCUUUAUUCAAAUGGUGGGGGAAAGAGAACAACAAUCAUCACCAUAAUGGAACCCCUGUGGUGGUGAAAAUGUCUAUGCUUGAACUUGAAGGUUCUUCUGAUGAAGAUUUUAACUCUUCUUUAAGAGACAACAACAAAAGAAGAGGUAAAAAUGCUAAACAAUUAACUUGGGUUCUUCUCCUUAAAGCUCACAAAGCUGCAGGUUGUUUAGCUUCUAUCGCUCCUGCAUUGUUCACACUUGUUUCUUCUGUUAAACAACGUGUGUCUUCUGGAAAAACCGAUGUUGAUGUUGUUGUUGGUGGAAAUGGAAGUGAAAGAGAGACAGAGAAUCUAACUGUGAAGACAAGAUUAUAUCAUUGUAUCAAAAUGUUUCUUUUGCUUUCUGUUCUUUUGUUUUGUUUUGAGGUUAUUGCUUACUUUAAUAAAAGUUGGCAUUUUGGUUCUACAAGUUUGAAUUUUGAAGUCAAAGGUUUUUUUGAUUGGGUUUAUUCUAAAUGGGUUUUGAUUCGUGGCGAGUAUCUUGCUCCACCACUUCAGUUUCUUGCAAAUGUGUGUGUCUUGCUCUUCAUUGUUCAAAGUUUGGAUAGGUUAGUCCUUUGUUUAGGUUGUUUUUGGAUUCGGUUUAAGAAGAUUAAACCUGUUUUCAAACUUGAUAAUGAUGUUGAUCUUGAGAAUGGAGAAAAGGGUUUCUUUCCUAUGGUUUUGGUUCAGAUUCCUAUGUGCAAUGAGAGAGAGGUUUUUCAGCAAUCAAUUGGUGCUGUUUGUAAUUUGGAUUGGCCAAAAUCAAAGAUACUAAUUCAAGUUCUAGAUGAUUCUGAUGAUCCAACAACUUCUUCUUUGAUCAAUGAAGAGGUUCAAAAAUGGCAACAAGAAGGUGCCAACAUUGUUUACAGGCAUAGAGCGAUUAGAGAAGGUUACAAAGCAGGAAACUUGAAAUCAGCCAUGAACUGUAGUUAUGUGAAAGACUAUGAAUUUGUGGCUAUAUUUGAUGCUGAUUUUCAGCCUACUCCUGAUUUCCUUAAAAGAACAGUUCCUCAUUUUAAGAAUAAUGAGGAAUUAGGACUUGUUCAAGCAAGAUGGUCUUUUGUGAACAAAGAUGAGAACCUUUUAACAAGAUUGCAGAACAUUAACUUGGCAUUCCAUUUCGAGGUUGAGCAACAAGUGAAUGGUACUUUCAUCAAUUUCUUUGGUUUCAAUGGAACUGCUGGAGUGUGGAGAAUUAAGGCCUUGGAAGAUGCCGGUGGUUGGUUGGAGAGGACAACUGUGGAGGACAUGGAUAUUGCCGUUCGAGCUCAUCUUCAUGGAUGGAAAUUCAUUUUCCUCAACGACGUCGAGUGCCAAUGCGAGCUACCUGAAUCUUAUGAAGCCUACAGAAAACAGCAGCAUAGAUGGCACUCUGGACCAAUGCAAUUGUUUCGCUUAUGUUUGCCUGACAUUAUACGUUCUAAGAUAAGCAUAUGGAAAAAAUUCAACUUGAUAUUCUUGUUCUUUCUUCUUAGGAAAUUGAUAUUACCCUUCUAUUCAUUUACGCUCUUCUGUAUAAUUUUGCCAAUGACAAUGUUUGUACCAGAAGCCGAGCUUCCCGCUUGGGUUGUUUGCUAUAUCCCGGCAACUAUGUCAUUUCUCAACAUUCUUCCAGCUCCCAAAUCCUUCCCAUUCAUAGUUCCUUACCUACUAUUCGAAAACACCAUGUCGGUUACAAAGUUCAAUGCCAUGAUCUCCGGUCUUUUCCAGCUUGGGAGUGCAUACGAAUGGGUUGUAACCAAGAAAUCAGGUCGUUCCUCGGAGGGUGAUCUUGUUUCCUUGAUCGACAAAGGGCCAAAGCAUCAUCAAAGAGGGGUUUCGGUUCCUGAUCUCGAGGAGUUGAAAGAAGAAAUUCAACUACAAAAGGAGAAAAAUGAAGCAGCAUCAAAGAAGAAGAAGAGGCAUAAUAGAAUCUACAUGAAAGAGCUUUCUUUGGCUUUUCUACUUUUAACAGCUUCAGCUAGGAGUCUCCUUUCAGCUCAAGGAAUUCACUUCUACUUCUUGCUAUUCCAAGGCAUAUCAUUCCUUUUAGUUGGUCUAGACUUGAUUGGUGAACAAGUUGAUUAAAUCCGUAAGGGUAAAAAAUAAAAAUAAAAAUAACCAGAUAAGACUCUGUAGAUUUGGAUCGCAUGCAGUCAGAAUCUCAUGCAUUCACACAGUCAGCAUAUCAGUGAUCGUAUUUUGUUAAUUGUUUUUUAAAUCUAUUAUACCGAGGUUCAAAUUUGGAGGGUUUAACCUUAUCCAAUGGCUAUCGAUGUGUUGGUUGCAUAAAUGCAUGAGAUUCCAACCUGAUGCAAUACAGGUUAUCAUACUAUUGUAUAGAGAUCAUACACAGAAAACAAGGAUGAAAAAAAAAACCAUAUUGCUCAUGUGAAUCAUUGAAGACAGUUUAUGGGAACACUGCAUGGAGCAUAGAGCCAUACAGUGAUUCUUAUCCAAUUAUGCAUAAUAUAGACCCCACUCUAUUAUGUGAUCAUAGAUAGAAAAGA